CUCUUUUUGUGAGGACAUAAAACGACAACGUUGACUAACUCUACACAACGAUACGAAACGCUAGAUAGUUUCUUCCCGUUGUGGAAAGACGGGGGUGUUGAAGAGAGAGUGAUUGCAAAAAGAAGUAAUGGCUGCUGCUGCUGCUUUGGAUACCCAAUGGGAUUUCAGCUGUGACUUCGAAGUAGAUUUUGGGUCCGAGGAGAAUGCUUCUAUAAUCUAUGCAGCAUUAGCUGUCGAUAAGGAGUUGCAGCCUGAUAAAGUGAAGAGGCUGAUGUCAGUCUCUGAUGGGAAGUUGUCGGUGCACUUUGAAGCAGUUGAGGCGCGAUUUCUCCGAGCAUCAUUUUCUGCAUUUGUCGACGUCCUUACACUCUCAACAAAAACAAUUGAGGAAUUUGGAAAGGGAAUGGCAUCGUGAAAUGAGAUUAGUAUUCACAAACAUUUGUAGAAUGUUCUUGUAAACUUAAUCCAUAUGCAGGAUCUUGAAAAUCCUUGGUUUUGAGCUGUUAUUUGAGCAUGGCAGAUAUUAUUUUGCUUUUGCCUUAAUAUGCACGAGGCAUGGUGCAAAAGAAGAAUUUAAAGCAAUUGAAUCAAAGUGCUUGUUGGAGACAAACAAUAACGGGCUCCAAACUUCCUUCUUUAAACAA